GGUCAAGGGACCCGAGAAGGAGGAGAAGUUGCGACGGGCGGUCAAGUGGGUCGUGAAGUGUGACGUGACCCAGAGCCAGCCCCUAGGGCCCGUGUCCCUGCCCCCUGCGGACUGCCUGCUGACCACGCUGUGCCUGGACGCGGCCUGCCCGGACCUCCCCACCUACCGUGAGGCCCUCAGGAACCUUGGCAGCCUGCUCAAGCCCGGGGGCUUCCUGGUGAUGGUCGAUGCUCUGAAGAGUAGCUACUACACGAUCGGCAAGCAGAAGUUCUCCAGCCUCUCGCUGGGCCGGGAGGCCGUGGAGGCCGCGGUCAGGGAGGCCGGCUACACCAUCGAGCAGUUCCACGUCAUCUCGCAGCCCUACUCCUCCACCACGGCCGACAACGAAGGGCUCUUCUCGCUGGUGGGGCGCAAGCAGAGCGGAUCUGAGUGAUGCUGCUCUGUGGCGCCCAUUAAAGCCAUCCCUUUACCUGCUG